GGAAACGGUCAAGUGACUAGUGUGUAUCCUUGUGUAUUGUGUGUUGAAGACAUGUGUAUUGCGAACAGUGUGUAAUCCUUAUUUAUUGUGUCGGGCGAGGACCAUGUGUUACUGUUAACAUGUAUCUAUGAAAUCUGCGCCUUUCGUAGAAUGGGAGAUGACAAUGUCUUAUCCAGCCUCGGCAGCUUAAAGGCUCUGUUUGGGAUUGUAGCAGGAGCCGGAGCCUCAUAUGGCAUUUAUAAACUAGUCUUUGGUCGCAGGAGUAACUAUAGUGUGACUAUUCAGCCUGGGUGCCUGAUGGCCAAAGUGUCUGGAUUUAAAGUUGUCAGUAAAAGUGAUCAUCUGAAUCCUUCUGCGGAUACUGAAUCUAGUGAUGUUCUCUCAAAAUCUGCUGCCAGCCUGGAGCCCCGGCAUCUGAGUAUGCUUCUCUCUCUUCUGCAGAGCAGCCCAAACCCAGAAGAGAGGAGGAAAGUUCUGGUAACGUUAGGAAACGCUGCUGCCUUCACAGUAAACCAGGAUCUUCUGCGUGAAUUCGGAGGUCUUCACAUUAUAGCAGGCUUCCUCUCAGACCCUUCACCUGAGAUCCAGGUUCAGACUCUAAACGCUCUGAACAACUUAAGCAUGAAUAUCUGCAAUCAAGAGCAGCUGAAGAUAUAUGUCCCGUCAGUGAUGCAGAUGAUUGAGAUGUCACCGGUGAACUCUGACCUUCAGCUGGCAGCGCUCAGAUUGCUCACUAAUCUGUCAGUCACUGAUAAUCACCAGCAUCUGAUGAAGAAUUCCAUCACCCUCCUCCUGUCUCUGCUCAUAGUGAGCAAUGACGUCCUACAGAUCCAAGUCCUGAAGGUCCUAGUAAAUCUAUCCUCCAAUCCAGAUCUGAUGGAUGAUAUUGUGCAAGCUCAGGCUCCAGCCUCUUUGAUUUUGUUGUUUGACGGCUGCACAAGCACAUCAGUUCUUCUCCGCCUGUUGUUUUUUGUGGGGAACCUGCAUGCGUGGAGACCCUCUGCUCAGGUGGCUGAAGCUCUGAGGAGGCGGCAGGACUCUCUGUACUGUGUUCUACUAGACCGCUCCUCUCAGCUGCACCAUAAGCUGCCCCUGCUGCUGUCCCAUCCAGAUGAAGAGGUGAAGAUGCAGGUGGCCAGACUCCUCACAUAACCUCUUACAGAAUAUUUUUUACCAAAUAUGGCCAUACUUCAAUGUGUAGACACUUGUUUACCUACCUAAACGUUAGGGCUCUGCACUAACAACCUAGCUUUAAUUGCUUAGUGGAGCAGUGUUGAUAUCUCCUGAUAGCUGGUGGUCCACUUGGUAGGCCAUUUUGUAUCUUCUCAAAAUGUUAGAAAAUAGACAAGAAAUCACUGCCUGUGGUGUUUUGAGCAAUAUUUCUUAAUUAUAAUAGACAUUUGUGAACACCACAGACCUCGUUUGAGAACCUUCGAGAACAUCUCCACUGCCAAACGUAGAUAAAGAUUUUUUUUUCUGACCACGCUAAGUGCUUUGGAAUUCCAGACUAGUGGUGGGAAAGGACUCUUUUUAACAUCUCUGCAUGUGUUUAGAAAUCUUAAUGCCUUGGAAAAACAAAGUGUUACUUCAGUGCUGCAUAAUGCAGGUGAAUUUUCCCAUUAAACAAAAGUUAUUCAGGUUAUGCUUAUGUAGUAAUGACCCAGGAACCUUCUGUUUACAGAAUGUGUGCAUUUAUUGUACUGUGACUUUUCUGAUGCUUGAUGAUGAUAUUGACAUGGGAUGCAUUAUUUAAUAAAUAUUGUUUCAUGUUAAAA